GAGCACAAACUCCGUGUGCUUGCCCCAGUUGUCAUAUUGAACAUGUCACGGAAAUUACAGACGCUAUGCGAUGCAUUGUUUCUCACCGACGACGAUGAACAAUCCUGAGUGCGAUUUAAUCCGUGCACGAGCAUUAACAUGACGAACUUUGGGCUGGUUUUGAAGGAAGCGAGCUUUUGGGUUCCGGUGACGAACUGCUUUUUGGCUGUCAGGAAACUCUGCGCUAAAGAUUCAUUCUAGCAUCUGCUGCUUAUCAUCAACAACAUCACGAGAACGCCUGGACUAAUGUCGCCUCAAGACCUCCUCUCCUCCCUAACACCAACAAAUCCGCUCGCGCGGCCGUCUGGGAGCGCAUUUCUCGCACUUUCUCCGAGUUUUAACUUUCGCUGAGUAUAGCCGUAAUCAACGGAAAGAGGAAUUUGCUCAAGUAAGGCGCACGCUCUUUUGUCCAGAUCCUCGACUGUGCGGUUCCUGUGCAGUUGUCCUCGUACGUUUUUCGCUUUUACUUGGGUAAAGUGGAUACAUGAAGGCUGCUUUCACAGUCACAUGCCUUCAUUCAUAAUCAUUUGUCGCAUAAUAAUGCGGAGACUAUCCAAGGAUCGAGCUGAGAGCUCGUUUUCUUGUUUAUUUGGCUUUACAAAGUUGUUACGCACAGGAUUCAUUGACACAGACGGACUGUUACCGAUUCGCCUCUCAAUAGAAAAGUGAAAACUGUAGGUUUGUGCAGUGAGCUGGCCAGACCCAUCGACGGAGAGGGAAAAUAUGCAAACCUAGCAGGAAAAGAAGCCAUCAAAAUUACGGAAAUCCCUUCUUUUUUCCUCCGGUCUGCUAUUGCGAAUGCAUUCAAUGUAACCGCUCGUUUAGCCUAUAUCUGCAACAUUUGUGUUAUUUUCAUACAUCCUACACCUUUUGGACGCGAAGUUUAUUAUUCAGAUUUAUUUUGGACUCUCCAUGCAGUAGUUAUGCUGUCUACACAAAGCUAUACAUAUAUUGACGAAACGUCAAUAUCUUUGUAGUAUUAUUGCUACUUUCUCUCAGCAUAAACUGGAAAUCACGUUUUUGUGUGUGUGUUAAGAAGAGGUCUCUUCUCUUGCCUGCUCUGAGGAUUAAGUUUGAUGGGUGAUAUGGGAGACCCUCAGGGGUCCGCUGGCCAGGAAGCUCUUUAGCAAUGGCAGCGGCCUGGAUAUCUAUGGACAGUCACAUUACAUUAACUGUUACGUUUGUCCUCACGAUAUACAUCGAGUUCCUGAAGACAGGACAGAAAGUGACUCUGUGAAGAGCCCUCUUUCACCUGCGUUAAGUUCAGGAAGAACAGAUAACACCUUUGAAGGACAUCAGAAGGUCACUAGGCCAUUGAUGGGUGACGUAAGAGGACAGUGUGUGUGAGGACCUUCAAACCUGAACUCUCAUCAAGAGCACGCACAUACCGCCAAAAUGAAUGAGAGACAGGCUCUCCAUUCAAUUAUGAAGGAUCUGGUGGCCCUGCAGAUGACCAGGCGCCAGUCGGCGUCAACUUAUGACACGGCAAAACCUAAACCUGUCAGCACUGCCAGCUCUUCCAAAAGAAUGGAGGAUGUCAGGAUCAAGUUUGAGUUCUGUGGUGAAAGAAGGAUUCUGAUGUUUGGGCGGCCUGUGCAGUUUGAGGAAGUCCAGCAGAAAGUCAAAACAUUCUUCGGUCAGCAGUUAGACCUGCAUUAUAUGAAUAAUGAGCUGUCCAUUCCCCUGCGUGAUCAGGAUGACUUGGAUAAAGCCAUUGAUCUGUUGGACCGCAGCUCAAACAUGAAGAGCAUCAAGAUCAUGCUGCUGACACAGGAACAAAGCAAUGCCUCUUCUCCAUCUCAUCACACAUUGUGUAAGCAGGUUCGCAUCAAAGCCUCUCAGUCCACCGGUGAUGUCAGUACUGCCUACCAAUCCUCAGAAACAAGAGGACGCCACCACUCCACCAGCUCUCAGAACACUGGCCGAAGUUCUCCGCCCCCUGGUUACGUUCCUGAGCACCAACAGCGAAUUGCACGUCAGGGAUCUUACACCAGCAUCAACAGCGAGGGGGAGUUCAUACCUGAAACCAGCGACCAGUGUGUGCUGGAUCGUUGGAGCAGUGCAGAAAACUCUGUGUCUGGCAGCUGUCAGUCAUUGGACAGCAACUCUGACAGUCCCUCACUCAGGAAACCUCGUACACACAGGGUUAAGAGUUACCCUGACAACCGACAGGAUUGUGCAGACCGGGAAAACCAUGUAUAUGAUAAGACUGUCGGGAAGGGAGGGACGUACCCUCGCAGAUAUCAUGUGUCGCUGCAUCAUAAAGACCACAGUGAAGGUCGACGGACAUUUCCACGGAUCCGUCGUCCCCAGGGAAACUUGUUCACGUUGGUGCCGUCGCGGCGUUCACUGAACGGCAGUGAGGAGAGUUUGGGGAGCUGGCAGCUGGUUGAUACUCAAGCCAGACUCCGCCCACAGGACCGCCCAGUCCCUCACAAGUCUCCUACAGCUCCAGUGACGUGGCGCAGGGGGAAGUUGCUGGGUCAGGGAGCUUUUGGAAGGGUGUAUCUGUGCUAUGACGUGGAUACAGGCAGGGAACUUGCAGCAAAACAGGUUCAUUUUGACCCUGCCAGUCCAGAGACCAGCAAGGAGGUGAGCGCUUUAGAGUGUGAGAUACAGCUGUUGAAGAACCUGCAUCACGAACGAAUCGUUCAGUACUAUGGUUGCCUUAGAGACCAUAAUGAGAAGACCCUCACCAUUUUCAUGGAGUAUAUGCCUGGGGGUUCAGUCAAAGACCAGCUGAAGGCUUAUGGGGCUUUGACAGAGAAUGUGACACGCAAGUAUACCAGACAAAUUCUGGAGGGCAUGUCCUACUUGCACAGCAACAUGAUCGUCCACAGGGACAUCAAAGGUGCCAACAUCCUGCGAGAUUCGGCCGGCAAUGUGAAGCUGGGAGAUUUUGGUGCCAGUAAGCGGCUUCAGACCAUCUGCAUGUCCAGCACUGGGGUCCGUUCUGUUACUGGAACGCCGUACUGGAUGAGCCCAGAGGUCAUCAGCGGAGAGGGCUACGGCCGGAAGGCAGAUGUUUGGAGUCUAGGCUGCACUGUGGUGGAGAUGUUGACAGAAAAGCCCCCGUGGGCUGAAUUCGAGGCCAUGGCAGCCAUAUUUAAGAUUGCCACACAGCCCACCAACCCCCAGCUGCCCUCUCACAUCUCCGAGCACACUCGGGACUUCCUCCGCUGCAUCUUCGUGGAGGCCAAGUACCGGCCGAGUGCAGAGGAGCUGCUCAGACAUCCCUUCUCCCAGAUCUUGUGCUGAGGUGUCCGUCUAGGUGCUUACACGGGUUAAAACCCCUCAUUUCUCUUGUUAAAGAGUGAUAAACUCAGCUUCAAAGGAAAUCUGCAUUUCCGCAGCAUGUGACCUGCCAGCACCCAAUCCAGGGUGUUGCUGGAUUAGGUCGCAAAACUGGUUUCUUCUCUAAUGGUUUGAAAUGUGAUGUCUUUGGGACAGCAGGGGGCGCUACAUGACUUUCGUGAUGCACAUGCUCUUUAUCACAGAAAUAAACCAAUUGAGGGUGUCACAGGAUUAGCAGAUGCAACAAACAUGAUACCGUUUGAGCCACUGAGCUGCUUCAAACCGGACCGUUUCUUACAGCAACUGCCAAAUGUGCCUUCUAAAGUUUUUCAGACAUCAAGAAAGUCUCCUAGUACUGAAUGUUUCAUACAGUCCACAGCAGAGUUAUGAAGUCAGUGUUUUUAUGUGCCAUUUCCCCUUCCACACGGAUUCCCGUGUGCGCCCAUUGUCUCUAUGACUCCAGGCACUUAGUGUUAAAGGAAACGUAAUAAUUGUGUGCCGGUUUGUUCCUGCCUUGGAUGAAUGAGGGUCACAUGCACGUCAGUCUCGAAUGGUUUGCAUUCGUGAUUAAUCGUCGAUAUUGAUUAAUCUUCGUAGAAUUGCACUUCCUUGAUUUGUUGUUUGUAAGAACUGUUUUAGUCUGUUACAGAAAGCAGCUUCUUCUCGUUUUUUGACUGAGGUCAGGUGCCGAGGGUCAGGGCAUGAGGUUAUAGUGGUUGAAGUGUAAUACGUAGUUUUGUACCGCAGUAGUGCCUUAUAGUGUCCUGUAGAGAGCAGUAGUGCAGUACUUAAGAUGCAGCUAAUCUAUAGUAUUCCUAUAGUGAUGAUGAGAUGUUCAAUUGGGAAUCGGUUAUUUUGUGUCUGGUGAGAUAUUGAGAGCACAUUAGGUUGUAUAUUAGCUUUCUCUCCAGCCCUGCCAAAGAAAAUGUAUUUAGAAAGUGUUGUGCCUUAAGUGUCUUAUGGCAGUAUAUUGGACUCAUUUGGAUCAGAUGCACUUUUGAAUAUGAAUGUUGAAUAUACCAAAUUGUUCAUUUGUUACACAGAAUGUGAAGCUUUUUUCACUUUUUUUAUUUAUGUCCCAAUGGUCAGCCAUUUUUAUAUACGAGUAUAUAUAUGUAUGUGUAUAAAUCUAUUUUUAUAUAGUGACUCUGAACCGAGUUAUGCUUUUAGGAACAGAAGAUGAGUUAGAAACAAGAAUUGUAACAGCAGCUGGUUUUGCAGAGACUACAACAUGAUUUUACAUGUGUUUAUUACUGGCUGGAAAUCGAGCUCUGGCGAUUUAUGCCGCAAGUCACAAGUCUUCUGUACUCGUGUUUUUAAGUGUUUUAUUGUGUGUCUGUUUCUGUCUGCUUUUUCACCCGAGGAUAUCGUGGAGAAUCUCAUGCAGACAGGUUGUCACAGGAAGUGACUAGUGCCUUGAAUCAUUCUCAGAAAUGCAUGUACACACAGAUAUUCACAUUUGCUGCCACUUAGGAAGGACUUGCACAGAUAUUUGCCUUUAUGUAUUCAGAGUUGCAGUGUUGGAAAGGAAAAAUAAGAGGUGGAAAAGAAAGAUUUUGUUUUUAUGUUAAGAAAAUGAAAAUGGUAUUAAGGUUGAUGUACACUACCUUUCACAGUUUGGGGUCAGUAAUAUUUUUGUGAAAGAAAUAACAUGUUUAUUUAGCAAGGAUGCAUUAAAUUGAUCAAAAGUGACAGUAAAGAUUAUUUAUGUUACAAAAAAAUUCUACUUUAUCUUUUUCUUUUUUUUUAAUUGACUUUCCAGCCAUCAAAGAAUCUUGUAUCAAGGUUUCCACAAAAAUGUUAAGCAACACAAAUGUUUUCAACAUGAAUGUUUUUUGAACAUACAAGCAAAUCAGCAUAUAAAAUAAUGCUUUCAGAACGAUCAUGUGACACUAAAACUUGAAGUAAAUUAAGUUUUGCCAUUAUAGUAAUUCAUUUUUUUUUUUUUUCAAGUUAUUUUUAGGUGGAAAUAAAUUUACAUAACAUUACUGUUUUUGGUGUAUUUUUGAUCAAAUGUAGCCUUUUGUCUUUUUUUCUUUAUUUUUUUUUCUUAAACAUUUAAAAAAAUCUUACUGACCCCAAACUUCUGAAUGCUUGGAUAAUUCGGAAUUAUUCAGAAUGCAGGAAGUGUAGGAAGACUAGGCAUGUUUAUGUGGAACUAAGAAAAGUGUGUGAAAAGGCACUAUGCUUUCUUUGGAAAUGUAUCAUGGGGUAUUGCUCAAGUGAAAGUGUAGGUGGAUGCCAGGGGUGAAUUUCCACUCAGCUUGACGACUUUGUUUAGCUCAGGGUUUGAGUGACAGGUGUCCGUCAUACGGGCACACCAACACUGACCGCAGGACCACUUGUCCUCCUUUUAUAUUAUUUUGAAAGUAUUUUGGCCUCCUCAAAAACAGUUGAAUGGCUCAAAUAUGUUCUCAAAUAGCUGCUAGUUUUUGUUUCGGCAGCUAAGAAUCAGUAUUGUACCAAAGAUUGAGAAAUGUGUCAGAGAAAUGUCUAGUUGAGAACCCUGGGAUAAGCAAAAGAAUACGAGCCAGUAGGUUAGAUACACAAUAUAUGAUUGUUUAUGUAUCUUGACAUGAGACUUGCAGUGCAAAGUCCAGUGUAUCAAAUAUUUUCAAAUAAAACAAUAUGCACAAAACCACA